AUGUUCAAGGCAGUUGCUGGAGAGAGACAUGUUGUGUUCUCCUGGUCUCCUCAUGUGACUCAUCUCCAUGGAGCCAUUCAUAACUACACCCUCUCCUGCUCCCCCUCCCCCUCCUCCCUCCCCCAGUCCCCCUCCUCCCAGUCUGGGAGCCUCACUGCCACUGGCUUCUCUCCCAACACUAUCUACUCAUGUUCUCUGACUCCUAACAACCUCUGGGGCUCGGGGCCUCCUGCUAGAACUACCUUCACUACAAAAUUAGGCUGA